AUGACUCAUAUGAAUAAUGUUAUCUAUAAAAAAAUUUGACGUUCAACUGCAGCAAAUCAACAAGUACGAUAUCGAUUAGAAUACUUUUGCUCAACUGAAAACUGUAAUAACGGGAGCGCAUUUCAACGUAUAUUAGAAUCCGUGACAAUCAAUGAUCAAUUUGAUGUUUUCGAAAACAUAUUACCGUGGAAUGGUACUUAUUCUGGUCGUUUAUGUUUACUUUUUUCAAAUCAAACUACUCAAUAUUGUCGUAAUCCUAUUCCAGAUAACCCAGAUCAAUGUACACAAUGUAACGCACAAUAUUUAUACACAAAAAAUACAACCAAAAUGUGUGCAACAUGUGUUACACAAGGUUAUUGGAAUCCAAUUAUAGAACGUGAAGUAUUAUUUAAUAUAACUGAUCGAACACGUUCUGAAACGAUAGAGAUAAGAUGUGGAACGGAUAAUUGUACUACAUUUCAAACUGGAGAUGAUAUUCGUGCAAUAAGUACAAUUGAAUUGGAUUUGGAUAAGUUUUUAGCCCCAUUCUCAGGCGGCAAACAAAUGACGAUAUCAUCUUUUCAUCAAAUUAUUUUUAUGAUCAUGCUUUGGUCAUUAAACAGUUUUUUCGAUUAA